AUGGACGUGAAGGAAGCACUGUUUGUGUACCUCUUGUGCAAGAGUAUACGUAACAGGGACGACCGAUCGCUGCUAGCGCAGUUUUUCUUCGCCGACGAUGCGUUGAACAUGAUAGCUGCUGAGCUGGAUUCGUUUGAUGGCAGAAAAGACCCAGAGAGGUGCUCCACACUCGUCAACCAACUCCGUCAUGCGCAGGACCGAGUACUAAACAUAACCAGUCAGAUAAUGGACCAGGUGCUUGGCGACGAGCGGGUCGCAAGGGGUUUCCGUGUCAAGUUCCCAGAGGACGUGUUGCAGGAUAAUCUCGCUGGACAGCUUUGGUUCGGUGCUGAGUGCCUGGCAGCCGGUUCUUCAAUAAUGAACCGUGAAGAGGAGUCGGCGGCUAUGCGCCCCUUGGCCAAGGCACUCACGCGCAGUCUUGAGACUGUCCGGUCUCUGCUGCGCGAGCAAUGUCUAAGACCACGUGGCUUGGCCUUGCAAGACCACGAUGAUAUGUUGCACGAGAGUCUACGCAUUUUUGACAGAUUGUUUGCCGAGUUUGAGCUGUGCUAUGUCAGUGCAAUGGUUACCGUAAAGACUCCUCACGAGUUUGAAGCUCAACAGCUCAUUUGUGUGCUAUUCUCUGAGAGCUUGCGAAGGGCGCUCAAACACAAUCUUCUCACUCAGGAACAGGUGGAUUCAUAUGACCCUGCUUUAAUGUUUGCCGUGCCUCGACUAGCUAUUGUAAGCGGUCUUCUUAUCUACUCUAGUGGACCGCUAUCUAUUGACAAGUCUCCAGAGGAGAUGUCAGACAUGUUCCGUCCAUUCCGCACUCUGCUGCACAAGAUCCGAUCAUUGCUGUGGACUCUCGACCGUCGCGAGCUGAUGGUCUUGGAGAGACUGCUGUGCACUAACGAAGAUGUCUCCUGUUUAGCAGGCUUGGAACUGCCUUCAGUGGAAGAUUCGUCGGGUGAUUCGUGCUAUCCUGACAUCGGUGAAUUCGUCUCAAAGUUCUAUGCGGAUCAUGCGCAUUGCCGAGAUUUAUAUACACAACAAAGUUCCAGCGAACCAACAAUAACCGACGCGGAUUACCUUCCAGACAAUAUUGAGGUUAUGACACCAAUCAUAGAUGGACUCAGACGACUAGACGAGGUCACAGACGAAACGGAAGACACAGACAGACAGACAGACACAGCGAGCAUAGACACUUUCCAAACAAGCGACACAGAGAGAUCCAGAAAAAUUAGCAGAGACACCGAUCUAUCCUCAAUACGAAACCUUUCCACCAAUGGCCUUAUGACUUUCGACCCACUUCUAAUAAACGCAGUAUCCACAGACAACAGACAAAUACCGGACCAAGAACUAGUAACAUCACUAAACGAGCAAGUCACCGAAAUCGCAGAUCGAUUAUCGUCAAUCGUUAGUGAUGUGGACAUUCUAGAUCAGAUGCAUUCGUUCUCAACGAAUGACGUCACAUUGACAGACGAUUCUGAGGCCUUCGGAUUUUCUGGACCUCGGAAUGAACAAUUAAGCUGUAUGCCCAGCACUAGUCAUGGAUAUUUGAUACCGAACGCGAUAAGCCAAGAGCCUGUCGUCUUAGCAUCGUUAUCGCAUAAUAAUUCCGCUGUUUUUAACCAGGAUGACGAAAAUAUGCCAAACGAUUUACUGAUGAUUCCGGAUUUGGAAGCGGAAAUUGUAAAUACUAAUAUAAGCAUAGCUAACGUUAAUUUGAGCUCUUUGUUACUAACAAAUGAGGAAUUUAGGAACAUAAUUGAAGAUGAAAGCGAAGAUAAUGCUAGUUUUCAUUCAGCAAAAGAAGAUGAUAGGGUUAAAUUUAUACUAGGAUAUGAGAGUGAUCACGAAUCGCCGGUCGAUUCUGGCGUUAGCACAGAAAACACUAGCCUGGACAGAUCGCCAGAUGCAGACCAGAAUAAAAAGAAUAAUUUUAUAGAAAACAGGGUGAAUGAGGAGUUCAAUGUUAAUAUUAAUUAUAUGGAAAUUCUUGUUGUAAAUAAUUGCAAUGUUGAAGACGAGUUUAGGACCAUAGAAGAAGUUAUUACAGAAUUACGAAGACAAAGAAUAUCAGACAAGAAUCUAAACACGGUGGUAGAAGAGAUUACAGAACCCACGAACUCUUCUAAAAACACGAGUAGGAAAAAGAGAAAGAGUGGCGGGAAGAGUAAAAAGAAGAAAUGGUCUCCCGGCAUGGUCACUUUGGACAGUAGACACGCGCAAAAUACACCUCUCAAGUUGAAUUUGGACCAUUUUGUUGAUGAAAGCGGCACUUCGGAAUGCGCAGACGAUGAACAAAUAGCGUUAGCGUUGCAGGCGCAAGAGUUGGCUGCCAGACAUCAAGCUAGAGCUAAGUUCAAAUCUAGUGAAGAUUUAAUCCAUCGUCUGUUCGUCUGUAUCGCUGGCGUAGCUGAUCAGUUGCAGACAAACUUUGCGGCAGACUUACGGAACAUAUUAAAAGCCGUGUUUCUUAUGAACCAGACCAACGAUGCACCGCCAGAAAAGGAGGAACCACCCGGAAUCGAAUACCAGCCAACUGAGGACCAAGUUAUACAAAAUGGUAGCUCAUUUGAUAGUGUAUAUUCGGCAGAGGAAGUAUAUGCAGAUAGCAAUUCUGAUUCGCCCUCAGAAAGCCAUAUUGAGAGAAGGAAUACUGUGAAUUCCACUAUUAAUGAGGCAGCUAAUGAGAGUAGACGAAAGUCUGAUGCUGGGAACUUACAAGGAUCUGUCUCUACCGGUGAUCUCACUUUAAGCGGUAGAGAAGAAAGCGUUCUAGUAGAGCGUGCACCGGAGUGGGUUCCAGAUAUUGCGGCGGCUGCUUGUAUGCGUUGCACCGCACAUUUCACCGCCUUUAGACGACGACAUCACUGCCGAAACUGCGGCAAAGUAUUCUGUGCCUCAUGCAGUUCAAACUCAAUACCUCUACCACGAUAUGGGCAAAUGAAGCCGGUACGUGUCUGCGAAGAAUGUUUCCAGGAUAUAGCAAGGAAUUGUAGACGGACAUCGUAUCGGUGA